AUGGCUGGCAACCUUCUCCGCCGCCAGUCUCCCCAAACACCGGCCGCCGCCGCUGCUGCCGCCCGUCCGCUAUCCAUCCCCGGCAACCGCGCCUCCAACAGGACUGACUACAGGUUCAGGGCACGGCAGGCCCCGGCACACGCGCCCUACAACGAUGUGGCCGACUACACCAUCCCUGCCCACGCCGGUAUCGCCCUCACCGUAAGGUACACUUCAAAGGCAACAAUCGUGGAAGACUGUAUCGACAGAUUCUACGAGUUGUUGGACAAGGAGCAGCACCGGAUCGUCGGGCUCGACGUCAAGUUCACCAGGGCAAAGCGGGGCAAACAGAAGAAUCUCCCGGAUCACAUGAGACAGAAGGCCGCCGUGAUCCAGCUAUGCGUCGGAACGUACUGUCUUGUAUAUCAAAUGUGCCAUGCUGACAGGUUAUCCCCGAAGUUUUGUGAUUUCCUCCUCGACGAAAGUAUCGAAUUUGUGGGCGUGGGCAUCACACAGGACACGGAGAUACUUGCCCGUUGUCAGCUGCAGGUCGCGAAGCACGUUGACAUCCAGAAAAUUUACAAAGUGCCCAACAAUGGGAAGGAGAUUGAUUCUUUGUGUGACCUAGCAGAACAUUUGAUAGACCCAUGGUACAAAGACACGAAGCAUGGCGUGGAUCAUAGAUUUCACAAUCAUUGGGAGAAGCCACUCUCUGAGGACCAUGUCCGGCACGCAUCCCUGGAUGCAUACGCAAGCUAUGAAAUUUACAGACAGUUGAGAAAUAGACGAGAAGCCCAGGCCGAUGAUCCUGCUGGCAAGGGGAAGAUGGAGUUUGAUGAAGGAUCGUCUGGCCAACCAAGCAAGCCGAUGUGGCUUCCUGGGUUGCCGUAA